UCUCUUCCUUUCUCCCUCCCUCCACUGACAAGGAUACAAGACGUGUGCGGCGUCACUGAGAGGGAAAGAGAGGUCAGAGAGGGAGAGAGAAAGAGAGCGAUCGAGAGAAAGAGAGAGGGAGUCAGAAAGAGAGGGAGCGAACUGAACGGAGCAUCUAAGAGGAUAAUUGCCUGUUUGUUCACUGUGUCUCUAGUCCUGCUCUCCCUCCCAUUCUGUCUCACACACAUGCCUGCACACACACUCUCAGACACACACACACACACACACACACACGCUGACAGUCACCUGCAAAGCCACAGUGCUCAGGCUGGGAGAUGAAGAGGCUCACAGUUGAGGAGAUGAAUUUGGGGAAAAGAGAGUGAAACAGAGGGCACAGCAGAGGAAGAGAGAGAGAUAGAGAGAGAGAGAGAGAGAGAGAGAGAGAGAGGGACAGAUGGAGUACUCACUGAUUAUACUAGGGAACGGAGGAACAGAGCACACCAAGCAGCAGUGAAAGAGAGGAGUGAAAGAAAGAAAGGAAGAAAAAACUGGAGCGAUGUGAAAAUGAAAGAAUACCAAGGAACAACAAACAGCGAGGAGGAAAGAAGAGAAGAAGAAGAAGCAUAUGAGUGAAACAGAAAAGUGAAGAGAAGAAGAGGUGGUGUGUAUGACUCCUCUGUUCAGUGUCCUGAAGGAUAUACCGAGCAUCACUUUACUUCUACCCAAACAGCCCACAACAGAGGGAGAGGAAGACUAGUCCCAAGAGAGGAGGACUAGUCCCAUGAGAGGAGAAAAAAAAAAGAUAAUCGGAGGGCAGGUGUAAAAGAGUGAGAUAAGGGAUACAUGCUCUUGGUUGGUGCAGUGGAUUAACUGGAACCUGGGCUAUUCUGUUAUCCUGCACAAUGAGUGGAAGAUGAGUCACUGAGAAGAGGUACUGGAAGAGAGAGAGAGAGAGAGAAAAGGAGAGAACGUGAGCGACGAAGAUAGACCAUUAUGGGGAGUCACACAGUGCUGUUCCACAUCUUACCAAUCCAUUCUUCUUCCAGCCCCGUGGGACAAUGCUAAGCGGGCUGGAAGGGCCAGCCUGUAGAUUAGGUGAUGGGAAGGAUGGACAAUGUGUAUUCAGAGGAGCUGUGCCUAUUCUCCGGUAGAUACCAUGCCCCCGUCACAAUUCCAUCUCCUGGGAUAUUAUUAGAGGUACGUUGGAGCUGAGUGCAUCCAGGAGUCAUGCAACAUAAUGCCCUGUUCUCACGCUCACCUCUCUCUUCUGGGUCUUCUGACUUAUUUAAUGUGAAAUACAUGUCCUCUUUUAGAUGUAGAUUUUGUAUGAGGGAGAUCUGAGCCACACUUUAAGUUGGCACUUGCUCCCAUGUUUAAUGUGCUGACAUUAUUAUACUUUAACUCCUCAUUAUAAGGAAAUCAGGAAGCUGAGUGGACUAUAUUCUAAAUAAAUUAAGUUCUGUGGACUAUGAGAAUCUGGGUCACCCUGAAGACUUACUUUUUGACGUUAAAGCUCAGGUUACUGUUCUCUCUAUCCGUAGUCUGAGCAAAGUACAGACCUUUUGGCUUUGGUGACAUUUCUCAGGAAGUCAGAUAGCCAGAGAAACAUACACACACACUUGAGAAAGGACCAGUCCCUUGGAGUGCUGCAGAAGGGGGAUGGCAGGACGGACGGCACUGCAGUGUGACAUUUAUCUCGAAUCAUCUCCAUGAUCACUCAAACCAACAAGCUACAGCUGUCUCCCCUGAUCUGCUUGGUGAUGGAAUACAAUACAUGUAUCCCAUUGUCAUAGAGAAUAAACUAAUAGUCAACAGACAAAUUGCAUUGAGAUAGAAUAGACUUACUCCCUACUCUCUGACAGAAGAUUUUAUCACAUCAAACGGCCUGCAGGGACUGUGGAUGUCGGGGGGAAGAACAAGACGCCACAGGAGACAUGGUGAGCAUAGAGCCGAAUCACUUGCUCACUGGCCAACACACCAACAGCAAGACCGCCGACAAGCUGCCUGGCGCCAUGACCGUGCGCUCCGUGCUGCUCAACCGCGACUCACCAGACAUCGAGAGCCGCCUCAAGCGCCGCCGCAACCGCACCCACCAGGUCCGCUUCAAAGACCUGGAGGAUGGUGUAGGCGACGGGACCACUGGCGCUGGAGCUGGAACGAAGGGCCACCAGAGGAUUGCUGCUGAGUGUAACAGCCCCCACCCCCUCCGGAAGAACACACCCACGAGCCCCAUGGCCCCCCAGGGAUGGCUAACAGAGAGGUCAGUGGGGGGCAAGGUGUCCUCCAACCAGGCCUCGGUAGUGGGGGCUGUCAGAGGGGACAUGGCAGACACUAUUGAGGUAGUGGCAGCGUUUUUGGCUCGGGCGCCCCCUCACCCGCUCACCCCGGGGCCCACGCGCCGCUGCUGGGCACCACCACCAUCACCCCCACGGCCUUGCUCCCUCACACUACCCCUCUCCCGGAGGCAGUGCGCUAGCAUGGCCAUCCAGACCUCCUCCUGCCUCCAGAAGCCCAAGCUUCCGGCGCACUCGGCCAUCAGCACGCGCAGCCGAAAUGUGGGGGACUCGGUGUGGGUGAAUGGGGAUGACGAACAGGACAAUAAACAGGAUGAGUACUACACUACCCACAACCAUGUUUCAGAACCUGCAUCUAUAGAUGGAAACGGCCCUGGGUCUAAGGCUAAACAGGGAUUGGUGGACCAACCCCGGUGCCUCAGGACUAGCGAGGCUAACGAUGAGGCUAACGCUAGCUCCACUGCUGUUGGAAAUCACAUGGACUCUUCCAGGCAUGACUCUUCUUCUUCCCCUCCCCCAGUUCGGCUUCGGCACACUGCAGAGCCUUGCUACUGCGAUUCUGUGACCUGUGGGAGGGAGGGAUCUAAACGCCAGGGGAGUGCAACUCCGUCCCAAGUGAGGAGGAGAAGGCGCAUGAACCGUGGUAUCAGUGACCCAGGGAGGGAGGUGUCCUACUGUACCACUCCCACACAGACAGACAGUCCCUGUGUCUCCCCUCCUAACACCCCACCUCCCUCAACUGUGCAGCCCUGCACCUCCCCACCUCCCUCGACUGUGGAACCCUCCUCCCUCCAAACUCAGACUGUGCCUCUAUAUGCUUCCUUACCUAAAACUGUGCCAACCUCCACCCAUCCACAUUGUGAAACACCACCACUGGUGGUUCUGCCUUGCGCCCCCCCACCCCUGUCCAUCUGUACAUAUCCCCCGAAAAAAUCUGUGCUUCCUCCAACUGUGCUUCCAUCUAAAGCUCAAACCACUCCACCGCUCACUACACAAACUGAAACUGUCCCACCCUGUACCUCCCUGAUUCAAAUCAAACUAACAUGCACCACCACAACUACAACCACAGCCUCAAUUCCAAAUUGUCCCACCCCACCACCAACUCCAACGAUAGCCCCCUAUACAGCCCCUAAUUGCCAUGACCCAAAACCAACUCCUGUUCUAGCCCCCUACACUGCCCCAACUUGCCCCAAUCCAACACCAACUACAACUCUAGCCCCCUCCACUGCCCCAACUUUCCCCACCCCAAAUCCAACUCUAGCCCCCUACACAGCCCCAACUUGCCCCACCCCAACACCAACUCCAAAUAUAGCCCCCUGCACCAUCCUAACACAAACUCCCCCACCCUGCUCUUCCUUAAAUCAACCCAUAUCUCCACCUCCAAAUGUGACAUCAUGCCACCCCCCAGCCCAAACUGCCCCUCCCUACAUCUCCUUAAUUCAGACCAUACCACCUGGGAACCCCCCAUGUCAGACCGUACCACCCUGCUCCUCCCAACCUCCAGUAGUACCUUCCUACUCCGCCCACAUUCAACUAAAAUACUGCUCCUCUCCCUCUCCCAUUGUAAAAAGCUGCAACUCCCCGCCUCCAAUGGUAAAAUCCUACCAUACACUUCCAACGGGCCCAUCUUGUGCAACUCCAACGAAAACUGUGCCCCUCUACGCUUCCACGUUUCGGCCUGCGCCCCCCUACACCCCCCCACCUCAGGCCCAACACUGCAGCACUCAGGACAGCAGGGUGAUAGAGUGGGAGUGUAGGGGGGAGAGGAGGAUACUUCCACCACCACCCCCGCCCCCUCCCCCAUACACCCCACGCAAAGAGGGGGUGAGUUGCACCCCAGGCUUGGCCCGCCAGUCGUCCCUGCUCAGGCGGGCGGGUGAGAAGGAGAGGUCAGGAAGAUCAGGGUCACCCCUGCCCUGUCCUCAAGCCAGCUGUCUGAAACACAGAGCUCAAACACCCUUGGCGGUCCCUCUGAAAGGGAACCAGGGGGACCAGGGCUCCUCGCCCACCAAGGCCAUCUCCAGACCCACCUGCCUGGGCCAGGCUCAGGCUCAGCUAGGGGCUCAGCUUGGGGCCCUCCAUAAAAUGCUCUGCUCUGGGACCAACACCCCCAACAGCCAGCAAGCUCUCCCCCCCGGCCAGUGCCUGUCCGGGGACCGUGGCUGCUCUGGCUCUGGAGGGGGCCCCAUGGCCGGGCCCCUGACCUCCACCCAGGCCGACACCCUGAAGCAGGUGCAGGAGAUCCUGGGGGGGCUGGUGUCGGGGGCCAGGAGUAAACUGGAUCCGACCUGGGUGGCAGAGAAACUGAUGGGCCCCAAUGGUCCCCUGCACGACAUCCGGAGCCUGCAGACCCAGCUGCACAGCAUGGAGGGGGUCCUGGAGACCAGCCAGAACACUAUCAAGGUCCUGCUGGACGUCAUACAGGACCUGGAGAAGAAGGAGGCAGAGAGAGACGGGAGACACUCCUACCGGACAGGCCAGGACAUAGAGAACUGUGGCACGUGCAGAGACUGUGCCUGCAUCAUAUACAGUGUGGAGCAUGACUUCCGGCUGCAGGAGGGGGCAGUGAUCCGCACGUGGAGGGUAGGGGACCCUCCAGAGGGCUCCCCCCUAGCCACUGUGACCCCCCAGCCCACCACGCCACACCGCCAGGACUCACCCCUGCCGGUGACACCGGCACGCCCCUCUCACAGCGGCAAGAAGAGUCGGAAGAAGUGCUUUUGGUUCUUGUGAAUUUUAAAGGGGGAAAAGUAGGGAAGGACACAAUGAAUAAGGACACUCCUUCUAAAGACUGCGAGGGACUGAGUGGUGGUGUGUGGAGUGAUAUGGAAGGAGAGAGAAAAAGAAAAUGGACGCUCAAAACAAGUGUGAGAAGAAGCAGUAAACAAGAGAGAAAAUGAAGUGAGGUAUAAAAGAGAUAUUAAAGAGGUAUAAAAGUAGGUAAAGGACCUGGAAGACCCCUAGUGUGGAGAUGAAUGGAAUCUGUUUUGAUCCUGACGUGUUUGAACUGUAUAGAGUGGAAAGUGGAACAUGCAUGUGUUGUAGUUGCACCGAAAUGCCUCUUCAGCACCUGAGAUCAGUUGUUUGUGCGGGGAGGGAGGUACUGUAAAAUGUGCUGAAGUCUUCUGAAAACGUAACCAAUUAUAGAAGUGAAAGUGUAGUAGAUGAAAAGAAAGGAUAAGGCAGAGACUAAGUAUAAAAGGCUAGGGGAUGGAGGGAAUAAAAAAACAAGAGGAAAAUAAUGAGUGUACAGAGAAGAGAGGAAGGAUCCAUCCUCAUCACUAAUGGACAAAUGAGGGUCAGAACACCAGCUUUUAUAUCCAGAGAUGUUUCAGCCAAUCAAUUAUUACGAUGACCCUUAUUUAAAACUUUUAAUAGAAUUGAUCAUUCAAAAACGACAGACACACACACAUGCUCAAUCAGGCUGAGAAAUGCACCACGAGAAAAAGUGAGGGGUUAAAAUUAUUAAAGUGUACAUAAAACAGAGAGUUCUACUGCUUGAAUUGCUAUAUUUCAGAUACGGAUUACUGCUCUAUAAAGUAUUUUACCACAA